AUGUCCUCUGUCUAUUCAAGCUCCAGUAGCAGCACUAGUAAGUUUUUUGUUAAGAUCACAAUCGAGUGACUACAAUUUUUUUAUAUGUAUAAUAUUACACCUACACUUUUACGUGUUUCAUUCUUCUUUUUUUUGCUGACAAACGUUUGAUUGAUUCCUUCUUUUUAGCGUCUUUGACUGUCAUCCACCCUCAUACAGUAACUUUUUUGGUCGUUGAGAUCAAAACCUGUCUCUUGACUACACUUUACAAUUGUUUCUGAUCCUUUUUUAUUUUCAUUUUUUGACCGAAAUUUCAUUCUUUACUCGUUCCGAAAAUUUUGUAUUGUUUAUGAUAUCAGUCUGUCGGGAAAAUAAUGAGCGCAAUGUCGCUGUGCCGACGCUGUCGCUGAAUUAAAAUGCGAUAUCAUUUAGCUGCGACACAAUUCAUUUUCUUAAUGGGAUUUUUGAUGCGACAGAGUCCAUAUCAUUUUCCCGACAGACUGAUGCCAAGAGUACUAACAGUUCCAUUAUAAAUUAGGUAGAAUUUUGGCAUUGAAUUACUAUAAUAGCUCUAUAGUUUUAGGGGGUACUUACGAGGGUUACGACGACCCAUUUAUUAGUUCCAUACGGAGGCAAUAAGUUGAGUUCCGGACAUGUUUCAUCGUAUAAAGUGUAAAAUCACAGGCUACAGCCGGCGGGCGCACACUUGCGGGCAACCACUUUGCGGGCAACCAGUUUGCGGGCAAAUUUUUUGCGGGCAGCCACUUUGCGGGCGGCCGACAUUUGCGGCCAGCACCGGCAUUUGCGGGCAGCCUGGGACAUUUGCGGGCAGGGUCGACAGUUGCGGGCAGCCUGGAAGAUUUGCGGGCAGCCGACAUUUGCGGGCAACCGUCACCUGAUUUUGAGGGUAACAGGGUGGACGUGGAAAAAUUACUAUGAUAUUAUAUUUUGGAAAUUUGCCGACAUUUGCGGGCAGCCGACAUUUGCGGGCAACCGGCACUUGAUGAUAACAAGGUAGAGGUGGAUAAAUUACUGCGAUAUUUUGGAAGUUUUCCGACGUUUGCGGGCAGGCAAUACUUGCGGGACACCGACAUUUGCGGGCAACAGUUCCAAAAGUUCCUAUACAGUCUGUGUGGCUGUUUUUUUCUGUUGCCCGCAAAUGUCGGCUGCCCGCAAGUGUCGGCUGCCCGCAAAUGUCGGCAAAUUUCCAAAAUAUCGCAGUAAUAUUUCCUCCUCUACCCUGUAACCCUCAGGUGCCGGUUGCCCGCAAAUGUCGGCUGCCCGCAAGUGUCGGCUGCCCGCAAGUGUCGGUUGCCCGCAAGUGUCCCAGGCUGCCCGCAAGUGUCUCAGCUGCCCGCAAAUGUGACCCCCCCAAAUUUUGCCCGCAAAGUGGCUGCCCGCAAAAAAUCUGCCCGCAAACUGGUUGCCCGCAAAGUGGUUGCCCGCAAGUGUCGCGACGCCCUACAGCCGUUUUUGAAGGGUAAGGUGGUACGUAAAAAAGAAGGUACUCGCUAACUAAAUCCACUGUCCGGGCAUUGACAACGAUUUGAUUGAGCGUGCACGCUAAAUUUGGGCUAAUUCUGACUUGUGGCCAUUGUGGCCAGAAUAGAGGUGGCAAUCGGGAUGGGCUGGCCCGGCCGGGCCCGGUGAUUGGGCCGGGCCGGGCCGGGCCUGAGCAGAUUUGAAAAAGUCCUGGGCCGGCCUGACCGCUUCGGCCCGUCGGGCCCGGAAGGUGGAUAAGUAAAAAAAAUGGUCGGGCACGGGCCGGCCUGGGCUUUCACCGGGCCGGGCCGGGCUUGAGCAAAUUUGAAAAGGCCCCACGCCGGCCUGGCUACUUCGGCCCGCGGGCCGGGCCGCAAAAUUCGGCCCGGCCCGGCCCUGUUGCCACCUCUAGGCCAGAAUGAGAAACUUUUACCAAAAUGUCGCAGCGGAGAAAACUCUACGCACUUUCGAAAAGCUGUAGCAUUUAUCUUAAUGAACUGCAGAUUGUUCUAGACGAUUUUCGUUUUUUUCGUCAUCCCGUCAUCAUUCUUCUCGCGCAACCAAAAAAUCCGUUGUGCAAACUCAGGAAUUUACGACUCCCGUCCUCUCCGAAAACCAUUGCUGAUAACGCACGUGAUUCGAGUGCAGAUUUUUUAUCGCAUUUUUUCUUCAAUUUACAACUCUUUGAACGUCGCGACAAAUUGAGAAAGAAUUAAAAAUUUUCCGAGUUUUCUUUGAAUUUCGAAAUUUUGAAACUUAAUUUCCGCCGUAUUUUAGGAAUGUCGUCGAAAAAGAUUCAGUCAGUCCAAGAUUCAAGUCCACCGGCGAGGAUCGGCAAACGAAACAAGACCAUUUCGACGGUGUCGGACGGCGAGUUUGUCGAUGGGGUUUUCUAUCGACCGCGCGGGAUGCAUUGGGUCACAACGGCGUUGUUUAUUCUAGGAGAUGUGGCCGGUGGAGGGCUGGUUACACUGCCGGUGGCUACAGUAAGAACUAGUGGGUUUUUUAUCCGAUUUAGCAAGCUAUUUGUCAAGUACAAUAGUAUUAGUCUGUCGGGAAAAUAAUGUGGAUUUUUCUUGCUCCAAAAUCGCCUAUCAUCGCUUUGCGAGGGCUGGCCAAGGCUGGCAAUUUGGUCAGCGAUACGACGAAAAUAUUGCUGCGACACAUCCACAUUAUUUUCCCGACGGAUUGAUAAAAGUUUAAUUAUAAUAUAAGGCGCGUGCGUUCUACAUCUCAGCGGGCCUCCUCGCAGAAAACCCGCAUUUCUUGUCUGUGGGCCCUCUAGACAAGAAUUGCAGUUUUCCGUCGAAAUUAUUUUUGGUCCAGACGAGAAUUGGCGAUUCUUGCCCAAAGCCAGACAAGAAGUAGGCAAAAGUUGUCUGGGAAGCAGACAAUUUUUUUGGGUCUAUGUUUUUUGCAUAGAAAUAAAAAUGCUUUUUCUUAGAAAACUUAUUUUUAGAAAAAAUGAUUUUUUUCAUAGAAAAAAACAUUUUUAUUUUAGAAAAAAAUGGUUUUUUUCUAGAAAGUGUAAUUUUUAGUAAAUUUGUGUAUAAUAAUAACAAAAAUUGAUUUUAAACAGUAAAAAGUAGUGAAUUUUGUUAAGUAGUAGGGUAAAAUAGUAAGAGUAGUAACUUUUUGAGUGAAUAUUGGGGAAUGGGGUAUUCGAUGGUGCUGAUUUCGAAAACAUAGUUCGUUUUUUAUGAUUUUGACUUUUUUCUUAAGUAGUACUGUAAGUUGGUAACAAUUGUGUCUUUUUUGGUCAAUUGUUUAAUUGGAUAUUCUCUCUGCUUCUCAAAAAAAAUCGUCUAAACUUAUAUCACGUGUAAGUCAAAGAAUGAGCAUGAAGUUGAUUUCAAUUCACAUUGACAUAACUGUCUUUACAUAUUUUCUGCAUUGAUUGAAUGCAGAAAUUUUUGUGACGCAACCCCACGCUGCAAAUUGCAGCUUGGACCUCUAUUAUUGUAUGGCAUUUGUUUUACUUUGUAAAUGAAAGGCUUCUUUUUUCACGGCUUCAGUCAUCACCAUCCUUUGCUUUCAAGAUUUUUUGGCCUUAUGCUCCAGAUGUCAACCUUUAUAAUCAUCCAAUUUGCUCCACUUUGAGAUGGGGUUCUAAAAUAUGUAUUGUUAUGUCAAUGUGAAUUGAAAUCAACUUCAUGCUCAUUCUUUGACUUACACGUGAUAUAAGUUUAGACGAUUUUUUUUUGAGAAGCAGAGAGAAUAUCCAAUUUAACAAUUAACCAAAAAAGACACAAUUGUUACCAACUUACAGUACUACUUAAGAGAAAAAGUCAAAAUCACAAAAAACCGACUUUGUUUUCGAAAUCAGCACCAUCGAAUACCCUAUUCCCGAAUAUUCACUCAAAAGGUUACUACUCUUACUAUUUUACCCUACUACUUAACAAAAUUCACUACUUGUUACUGUUUAAAAUCAAUUUUUGUUAUUAUUAUACAGAAAUUUACUAAAAAUUACACUUUCUAGAAAAAACCAUUUUUUUCUAAAAUAAAAAUGUUUUUUUCUAUGAAAAAAAUCAUUUUUUCUAAAAAUAAGUUUUCUAAGAAAAAGCAUUUUUAUUUCUAUGCAAAAAACAUUUUCCCAAUUUUUUUGUCUGGACUUCAGACAAGAAAUGCGAAAUCCUGUCUGGUAGCCAGACAAGAAAACUUUGUCUGGCUAGAAAUGCAUAAUCUCGUCUACAAAAAACUUUUCAUCGCGCUUCUUUCCUGGGACUAACCUUGUUGCACGUCAGACCACGAGUUCUUCGGCGCAGCUGUGAGAACACCGAAACCCAAGGCAAACGACCGUCGUCGCUGACCCCGAUCACGGUGAAGGACAUGCUUCGCCUUGGAACUUUGGCGUUCCGUGAGACUGUUUUCGUUUCUGGCCGGAAGGCCGAACACCAACAAAUUCGAAGGACACUUUGCUCGAUUGACGAAAGGAAACUUUCUCGCUCACAAGGGAAUGGUCUGAACUUCCCCCGGCGUUUGAGAAAAUGACUAGUACAGGUGGAUAGAGCAGGUCAACUUUGGUAAAAAGAACGAUUUUCCAGCUGCGGAAUAAGCCCGGCCGACGAGAAAAAUCGACCGAAAGUUCCACAAAAAUUUCCUCUUUCUCUUCCCUCGGAAAAGAAGAGCGGUGUCCAAUGGUUCGGUUGGCCGAGUGGAUAAAGCGUCCGCUCGUUAUUCUUUUGGGGGUUGGUUCGAUUCCGGAGCAGCCCGAAGGACCGAAGACUUUGGUGUGGGCAAGACCAAACUCUCAUAAAACAAAAAAAAAUGUUUUGCCAUUUUUAUACGUUUUAUGGAACUAACUAUACCGAAAACACAGAUAAUCGUUAAAAAAUGGUUUUUUUGGAUUUUUCCAGACCUACAAAUCGAUGGAACGUCGAAGUCAUCCUCGUUUGGUCAUAGAUAAAGGUAUCCAUCAUAUCUUUUUGAAAAGGACUGUACCCCAAUUUGUAUUAUUUAAAAAAAAUUUUUAUAACCCAUAAAACGUUUAAAAACGGCAAAAUAUUUUUUUUGUUUUAUGAGAGUUUGGUCUUGCCCAUACCAAAGUCUUAUUACGGUCCUUCGGGCUUCCCCGGAAUCGAACCAACCCCCAAAAGAAUAUCGAGCGGAUGCUUUAUCCACUCGGCUAACCGGACCACUGGACGCCGCUCUUCUUUUCGGAAGGAAAAGAAAGAGGAAAUUUUUGUGGAACUUUCGGUCGAUUUUUCUCGUCGGCCGGGCUUAUUCCGCAGCUGGAAAAUGGCUCUUUUUACCAAAGUUGACCUGCUCUAUCCACCUGUACUAGUCAUUUUGCCAAACGCCGGGGGAAGUUCAGACCAUUCCCUCGUCAGAAAAGAAAUGGGUUCCUCUCAUGAGCGAGAAACGCAGAGAAAAAAUCGCGUUCAAAAGUGCCUCUCACUCACGCUUUUUGCGUGCGUUUUUGUUUUUUUCUCUGCGUUUCUCGGCUCUGGGUUUCUCGCUCAUGAGAGGAACCCAUUUCUUUUCUGAGCGAGAAAAUUUUCUUUGCUUGUACGGGCAAUGUUUUUUUCGAAUUUGUUGAAGUUCGGCCUUUCGGCCAGAAACGAUAACAGUCUCAUGGAACGCCGAGGUUCCAAGGCGAGGCAUGUCCUUCACCGUGAUCGGGGUCAGCGACGACGGUCGUUGGCCUUGGAUUUCGUUGUUCGGACAAGUUCCGUCGUAGAACCUGGGCUGUGAAAUGCAACUCGCAACCACGGAGAGGAGAAUCGAAACUUUUUGUGGAUAAAGAUUUUUACGGGAUUUUCCGUUUCUGAUCAGACAAAAAAGUUUGUCUGACUACCAGACAGGAUUCCUCGUUUCUUGUCUGGAGUCCAGACAACAUUUUCAGGUUUUCGUCCAGGCUAACAGCCAGGCCUUUUGUCUGUUAUCUCAGACAAGUUUUGCAAAUUUUGUCUCUAUUUUAGACAGAAAAUGCGCAUUUCUUGUCUAGAGGGCCUACAGACAAGAAAUGCGGGUUUUCUGCGAGGAGGCCCGCUGAGGUGUAGAACGCACGCGCCUUAUAUGUUUUUCAAAAUUUUCCAGGUCUCUGGGCAUGUCUUUGCUUCACAUUUUACAUCGCUGUGACAAUGGGACUGACCGGAAUCCUCCUUGGGAAAUGCUGGAUGAUGAUGUUGGAGCGGUGGCCGGAAUACCGCAAUCACUGCCGAAAGCCGUAUGCCGAGAUUGCGAAGCGCGCGCUGGGGAUUAAUUACGUGUAAGUUGGAACUUUUGGGCAAAUUUUGAAAACUUGGAAGUGGAAUUUUGAGUUGAUCAGAAACCCGUUUAGACGCGUAGACCAUGGUUUUAUUAUUUAUUGGUGACAGUAUCAGUCUGUCGGGAAAAUAAUGAGCACAAUGUCGCUGCGCCAAUCGCCUCGCUGAAGUAAAAAGCAACUUGAUUUUGUCGCGACACAAUUGAUUUUCUCGGCCAUGAUGCGAUAGAGAGCUCAUUAUUUUACCGGCAUUUUCCUUUACGACACAAAUGGGUGCGAAGCUUUGUCCACCAAAACUUGCUAAAAAGUGCCAUAUUUUUCAAUUUUUUUAGAAAUCUUGACUAAAAAUCUUGCUGUUUUUUUUUGCAAAACAACGGCCGAAAUUUCCUCAACGGCCUCUAAAAGACCAAAAACGGCUACAUUUGAACCUUAUUUUAACGGCUUGGAAGACGAAAUCUCACAAAAUUUUUCUUCUUCCACGCUAUUAAAACAAAGCAGACAUUAUUGCACAGCUGUUCAGGGUAAGCCAUAAAAGUUCAGAUGUCAUUUUUUUCCAAGUUACCUCCAUUUUUCAGCUGGAUCGUUUCUCUCAACUGCAAUAUCGCUCAAUUCGGCCAAUCCGUAGUGUAUCUUCUCCUCUCCGCCAAGAAUCUUCGAGAUCUCGUCCUAAUGUUCUUUGACUACGACAUCAGCUACUGUUUCAUGGUCGUCUUCCUCGGGAUCCUCCUUUUACCGCUGAAUUUCCUCAAAUCUCCCCAAGAUUUCUGGCCCAUGGUGAUUGUGGCCAUGUUUACGUCGGUGGUUUCGGCGUCCUUAAUUGUGACCGGAGGCAUUAUUGACUAUCCCACAUGCAAUGCGGUCAAGGAGAUGCCGCCGUUCACGGCGAGCAACUACUUUCUGGCGUUGGGGACCUUUUUCUUUGCAUAUGAAGCGCAUGCGUCAUUUCCGUGCGUUCAACACGACAUGAGGAGGCCUGGAGAGUGGACGAAAUCAAUGAUUUUGGCGAUGAUUUGUAAGAUUUUGCUGAGAUUUUUUACUUUUAAGGCUAUUUUCUCCCACAAAACUUCAAAAAAUCAGCAAAAAAUCCAAUAUAUCCCCAAAAAAAUUGUUUUUUUCAGUGAUCAGCUCGCUCUACGGACCGGUGUCGGCUAUCAGUUACUUUGCCUACGGGGAUUCGGUCAAGAACUCCAUCAUAAAUUCGGUGCAAACCCCGUGGAUUCAGAUCACGGUCAACAUUUUGAUCACAAUGCAUUGUAUUCUGACGAUCACUAUUGCGUCGAAUCCGUUGAAUCAGGAGCUGGAGGACUAUUUUAAUGUCCCACAUGGUGAGUUAAAGUGCGAGGUUCCGUAAGCCAGCGCCCAAAGAAAGAGUGUUCCCGCUGCGGGACCCAACACGGCAGAUCUCUCUUGCCAGAAAAUAAAAAAAUUGUUUUUUUGUUGUACAAAAUGGAUCAAACAAUGUGAAAGAUGGAUGGAGAUCAGUGAAGAAGGUAUGUUUUAUUGUGUUUUCUGAUUUAGAGCAGCUCGACAAAAAUUUUUACGAAAUCUGGUCCAAGAUUUUUUGUGUUUUGAGCGAUUUUACGCAAUUUUUGACAUAACGAAGCAUGAAAAUAGGUGUAGUUUCCCAAGGAACCGUCCAGGAGCGCUGGUGAUUGACUUUUGGUCAAGUUAGAGGCAAAACCUUCACCAAACUGCCUAGUAUAAUAUAAUUUUUUUUCCAGGAAUUCGAAUCCAGAUGCAGCCAGACGGCUAGACUUCACCACGAGGACUCGUUGAAGCCAGAAGGAUGCUCGAUAUCGUCCAAAGUCAAAGCUGCUUUGACUUUCCAACUGUUUCCGAGGCUGAUGUCGCAUCGAAAAGGUGAGAGUUUUGCUCUGCUUUCACGUUUUAGGCCUGGAUGUCUUUGCUCCUUGAGCAAGGCAAUGGGUGUUGCUUCGCAAUGAUGCUAUCUGGAAUGCGGUUGUUUCAUCUUGCGUCACAGCAGACCUAAUAUAUCCAGUGUAAUACAAUUUUUUUAGGCGAUCACUCCCCCGACCGCGAAGUUUGGACUAUGCGAAACAUGUGGGACGUUAUAUAGACGAUAAAGAAGGUCUCGCAGAGGACAAACACUGGAAAACAUAAUCAAUUUAUUGUAAAAAUAGCAAUAAAUAUUUUGAUAUUCGUAUAAAGUAUAAUACAAUUGAUCUGGCUGUUGUUGAAUCUGUAAGAGUGGGCUGCUAAGUCCCCCGGACCGGGCUGCCGACAUGGUACUGAAUGAGCUGGUACCCCUGAAAAAAUUGUAUUACACUGGAAUAUUGGGUCUGAUGUGGCGCAAGACGAAGCAACCACAUUCCAGAUAGCAUCAUUGCGAAGCAACACCCAUUGCCUUGCUCAAGGAGCAAAGACAUCCAGGCCUAAAACGUGAAAGCAGAGCAAAACUCUCACCUUUUCGAUGCGACAUCAGCCUCGGAAACAGUUGGAAAGUCAAAGCAGCUUUGACUUUGGACGAUAUCGAGCAUCCUUCUGGCUUCAACGAGUCCUCGUGGUGAAGUCUAGCCGUCUGGCUGCAUCUGGAUUCGAAUUCCUGGAAAAAAAUUAUAUUAUACUAGGCAGUUUGGUGAAGGUUUUGCCUCUAACUUGACCAAAAGUCAAUCACCAGCGCUCCUGGACGGUUCUUUGGGAAACUACACCUAUUUUCAUGCUUCGUUAUGUCAAAAAUUGCGUAAAAUCGCUCAAAACACAAAAAAAUCUUGGACCAGAUUUCGUAAAAAUUUUUGUCGAGCUGCUCUAAAUCAGAAAACACAAUAAAACAUACCUUCUUCACUGAUCUCCGUCCAUCUUUCACAUUGUUUGAUCCAUUUUGUACAACAAAAAAACAAUUUUUUUAUUUUCUGGCAAGAGAGAUCUGCCGUGUUGGGUCCCGCAGCGGGAACACUCUUUCUUUGGGCGCUGGCUUACGGAACCUCGCACUUUAAGCAGAUAAAAAAACUUUCAUCAGUCUGUCGGGAAAAUAAUAAGCACUAUUUUGCCGUGUCAAUUGCGUUGAUGAAGUGAAAAGCAAUUCGAUUUUGUGGCGACACAAUUCAUUUUCUCGGCGGCGAUACGAAUUUCGCUGUGAUAGAAUGCUCAUUAUUUUCCCGACAGAUUGAUAACUUCCCAAAAAUCUAUAAAAAAUGUAGUUUACAACCUUUUUUAUAUUAAACUUGCUUUUUUUUAUCCCAACACAAAAUAUCCUUCUUCCAGACUUUGGCUAUCAACGAGUGAUCCUCCGAACCUCGGUGAUGGCCGCUCAAAUCUUCUCGGCGCUGAGCGUACCGAAUUUCGGAGCUCUAAUGGACUUGGUUGGAGCUACAGCGUCCCUGUUGACCGCCUUGGUGUUCCCUUGUCUGUUUUAUUUGACGUUGAAGGCUGGAGAAGUUGAUGGAUCGAGCAAGGCCAACUUUAUUGAAGCCGAGGACUUGAGCUGGAGAGAGUAAGCAUUUUUUUGAGUUUUUGAAGGUCAUUUUUCCCCUGAGGGCUUGAAAAAGGAAAGGGAUGUAUAAAAUACUACAUAUACAUAUUCAAAGAUAUACAUAUGAAAUAGCAGAAAUCCGCAAAAAAUGAAAAAUCCUUGGCAUUCCGUUUCAGCCCAAAAAAAAUUUUUGACCAAAAAGAUCGGUCGAUUUCUAAUGGAAGACCUGAUCAAAUCGCUGAAGAUUUUGUAUGAAUCAAAAGCUCUAGUCGUAUUCUAGCCGAAUAUCAUCGAUUUUCUCUUUAUUUUCUUGAUCUUCAUUCUUUUUUAAGCGGAUCAAAAAGGUGUCCAAAAAAAUUUAUUUUGGUCGAUUUCUCGAACAGGUUGCUUCGGCCACCGAUUGAAGAAUUUGCGUAGAUAGUGCAGACAAAGUUGAUUUUUUGACAUUAAAAUUGUAACGAUUGACGGAGCCAGCUUCGAAAUAGGAGGUCUCUUCAUUUUACAUAGUAUUUCGCGCCUUUCUCUGACCUCAUCCAAAAAAUCCGUCAUUUAGACUGUUUUUUCGAACUCUAAUAAGAAGAAAACAGAAUGCCAAUUCUUGUGCUGAGAGAAACCACGUUUAAAAAACCCCUAACACUUCCUAUUUCAGCAUCUGGAACCGAAACAAAGCCGGAAUCAAAUGGCUUUGUGUUGUCGCCACAUUCAUCGGCACUUCCAUUGGCCUCGUCUCUUCCGUGAUGGCGGUCCGAGCGCUGGCUGACACUCAUUUCGUCCCGCCAUGUUAUAUCCAACCAUUCCUGUCCAACAACACUGCGGUCACCGAGACCUCGCUUUCGGCGAUCGACUGCUGCGGUCACUAUCAGAACGUGUCGGUCUAUGCGGACGUCACCUGCUCGCUGCAGGACUUGAGGAUCAACGAGUAA